AUGUCCUUCUACAUCAUUGGAACCGCCUCCAUCUUCCUCCGUAUCUACUCACGUUGGUUUAUCGUGAGGAGCUUUAAGUGGGAUGACUGGUUUAUGACCUCGAUUUUGUUCUUCAGCGCCGGACAACAGGCCAUUUUGUAUAUCUUCUUGCGCUAUGGAGCCGGGCUAUCGAUCACUGCCAUUAGCACCGAAAACCUGCUGAUGAUCUUUCGAUGUAAAGACAUCAGAGCCUCCAUAGAGCCGCCGCUCUAUCCCACCGUCAAGUGCAUCAGAAUCGACAUUAUCUAUUACACCGCUGCAUCCUUUUUCGGAAGCAACCCCGAUUUCACAUACCCGUUGGCGAAACUGCUGCUGGUGUCGGCGAUUGAGAUCCAGGUGGGCAUCAUGGCAGCCAAUGCACCCUCGCUGAAAGCCGUUUGGCUCAAGCACGUCGUCAAGUCACUGGGCUCCGAAUAUCCCUCCUCCCAUGGCCGUUCUCACGAGCUGUCGGCGAUGUCGUCCAACAAGCGCAAAGUGGGAAAAUUGCCUGGCGUGGAGAGUCGAGCACACAUGCCAGCUGCCAAUGCCGAUGCUCCGUCGGAUCAUUGGCGGAACGAUUCUGAGGAGCAGCUGUUUCAGAAGGAGAAUGCACGCGCAUCAGACAACGAAGCGGUUUACUUCAAGAAUAAUUAG